UUCGCUAGUUCUCACAGCAAGCAAAUUCAUCAAUCUUGCAAACUAGUAAUUAUUCCGAGCAUCAACAAUGGCCUCUCAAUAUUCUUGCCUCCUCUUGGCUUUGCUUGUUAGCUUAGCAACUCUAAACACCAGCCUCGCGGCUCGCCGUCUUUUAGACACUCCUGCGCCCGAAUCCGCACCGAUCGUACCAACUCUGCCUUCGAUACCGACGCUUCCAAAACCGACGAUUCCGACCGAACUACCACCAAUGCCAUCCAUUCCCAUUCCGACGAUUCCAUUGCCAAAACUCGCGGCCCCGCCCAUGCCUGAGAUUCCAACCACUUUGCCCACCGAAUUGCCUCCGAUGCCCGCCAUUCCCACCAUUCCUUCUAUUCCUGAGAGCAUUCCUCCGAUGCCUUCUAUUCCGACGACGAUUCCGUCCAUCCCCGGCGUUCAUCUCCCUCCAAUUCCCUUCUUAUCCCCGCCUCCCGCGACCACUAGCCCAUGAAGGGGAGAGCUUUCUCGUUUGGUUAUGUAAUAGUGUGAUGGUGUUGUGUUAAUAUUACGGGAGGGGAUUAUUCUUGUUGCUUGUUGCUUUAGAUAUUAUUAGUAUUAGUACGUAAUGUUUCGGUUCGGUUUGUAUUCGUGAGGAUUGUUUUAAUUAUGCUUCUGAGCUUGUCAGUGCGCCUGUCCAUGUACGUACUUGUACUUCUUUUAUAGUUUGUUAGUAUUCUGUUCGUAUUCGUACAA